UACUUGAAACCCAGAGGCGAAGCUUAGCGUUUGGGGAACAAGUUCAGGAAGCUGUGUCUACUGAUAAGUCUAGAACGAGAACGUAUGUAGCUUUAAAAUAAGACACCGUUUAGACUUGUUUCUGUCUUAGCCUUCAAUAAGAAAAGGAAAUACAGACUUUUUUGUUGAUUUUUUUGGUGUUUGAAUUUCCCCUGUUGGUCCCCACUAGGACGUAUGGUGUCACACACACCCUGACUCCUGGAUAUGGCAGGUCUCUAUGGACUGAAGAUCCUGCUGCUUUGGGUCGGGCUGAUUGGUUUGGCCAUCUGUCAGACGAGCAAACCAAUUCCAACGGCAGGAAACCCCCCCAGUGCAGGUCCCAACGGCAAGAACAACAAUGACACAGUAACAAGUGUAGCCACCACUACCACCACCUUGCCUCCACGCACCUCUUCAGCUAGCCCCACACCUCCACGCAACCUGACAACGUCAGACUCCUCAACCCAGACGCCCCCUUUAGCAAAUACCACCGGUGUAACAAGUGUAGCCACCAUUACCACCACCUUGCCUCCAAGCAUCAUACCAGCUAGCCCCACACCUCCACGCAACCUGACAACGUCAGACUCCUCAACCCAGGCAUCCCCUUUAGCAAAUACCACUGUUGCCAAGGCGGACCACACCACUGCAAGCACCUCUACGGAGACCACACUCCCAGACAAUAAAACCACCACAAUCAGUGCCUCUAAUAUCACUCACAACCAGACCUCUCCUCCAAGCACUCCACCCACCACCCCAAUGCCUUCCACGACCCCCAAAGCCCCCCCAAAGCCAACAUGUUCAUACACCGUUACACCAAUCCAGUUUGGCCUGCAGUUCAGCAUCACAAGCUCACCCAAUGCUACCUACAGUGUAAAAGUUGAAUGUGACCAUGAACAUGCAAAGACAGAUCAGUCUUCCAUAAUAAAUAUGACAGACCUGAAGCCCAGUACCAACUAUAACUGCAUGGUGUCAUUUAAGCCUGACAGUGAGGCUAAUGGCAGCAAUGACUGGAUAUCCUGUGAGGCCUCAAGUGGAAGUCAGUUGACAAAUGAACUGAAUGAAAGAGACAUUAAUGAAGCUGACACCUGCAUCCAUGGACAAGUUUGUUAUGCAAGCCAAUGGGAUAUUAGCUCUGCAAUGACCCGAAAAAAUUAUCCAAUUACUUGCCAAAGCGGUCCUUUGAAUUCUUCAAAAGCCUUCUGUUUCACGCCCAAAUUUGAUGACAUUUGCUCAAAUUUGACAACAAACUUCAGUUCAGGGAAUGUCGCCUUUAACAAAACCUCCUUCAUCAGUGUUGAGAAUUUCUUAAAUCAAAGUGAAAUUGAAGUGACUCCUCCUGCUACAAUUCCUGAAAAUCCUCCUCCUACAAUUUCUGAAAACUUCAAUCAAAGUCUACCAAGCAAAUGUCAAAAUCUCAAAAUUGACUACACCUGUCAUGACCUAAACACCUCUCAGGACCUUAAGCCUGAGUCUAAGCUGGAGCCCUUCACAGAAUACAAUUGUACUGGUCAGAUCAUGGACAACAACGUCAGCAUAGAUAAAUCAGUUACCACCAAGUUUAUGAUUAAUUGUGAUCUCAAAAUAGUUCCCAAAAUAAGCAGCAACACCAGUUCCUCCAUUGAACUGGAAUGGAACACCAGUAGUGUCAACUGUCCAGGUGUCUCUAAACAUCCGAACCUCUCAUACGUCUGCACUGUGUACACCCCUUUAUUUAAAAUGUUUUGCUAUGUAAUUUUUCACAUGUUGUCAUCCUUAAACAUAGUUACAGCUAACAGAAGUGAAGCUGGAGGAACAUGCAAUGUUAUUGGACUGGAACCAUACACCUUCUAUACAUGUACAGUACAACCCAUCUUCAACGGCAGUGCUGUUCACUCACCGACUGAAGCUCCGAGAAAACAAACUGAUCCUGGACGGCCCAAACGUGUGAAUGAUGUUCGAGUGAUUCUUAAAGACAAUAAUGCAUUUACAGUCAACUGUAGCAGACUUCAAACAACAGAUUUCCAUGGACCUCAUAAGAAGUAUAUAGCACGUGUCUAUGCAGGCGGUAAGGAAGAACGAAAUAAAGAAGCUGAGGAGAAUUGCUCUUUUGAAUUCACUGAUCUAAGCUACUCCACAGAUUACACACUCAAUGUGACUGCUUACAAUGGACAUCAUGAGAGUGCUCCGUCCAUCAAAUAUGUUUCCACUCGCUACAAUGACAGAGCAGUCAUUGGUUUUCUGGUCUUCCUCAUCAUCCUCACAUCUGUGGCCCUGAUUAUGGUUCUUUAUAAAAUCUUCAUUCUGCAGCGCAGGAAGUCCCUCAAUCUUGGUGAGGACAUGAUGCUCAUUCCGGCUCCAAACGAAGAGGAGAACCUGAUGAAUGUUGAGCCAAUCGCAGCCGAGGUUUUGCUGGAUGCCUACAAAAGCAAGAUUGCUGACGAGGGAAGGUUUUUCCUGGCUGAGUUUCAGAGCAUCCCCAGAAUAUUCUCCAGGAACUCACUAAAAGAUGCCAAGAAGCCCUGCAAUGCUGUCAAGAACCGCUACGUGGACAUCCUGCCCUAUGAUUUCAACCGCGUCCAGCUCACCACAGGAAAUGGCGAGGCAGGAUGUGACUACAUUAAUGCCAGCUUCAUUGAUGGAUUCAAGGAAAGCAAGAAGUACAUUGCAGCUCAAGGACCCAAGGUUGAGACCGUGAGUGACUUCUGGAGGAUGAUAUGGGAGCAACAAUCCUCUAUCAUCGUCAUGGUGACGCGCUGUGAAGAGGGAAACAGAAUCAAGUGUGCGCAGUACUGGCCAUCCCCAGAUCGAGAGACCGAGAUCUUUGAUGAGUUCAUAGUGAAACUGAAUGGAGAGGAUUGCUGCCCUGAUUACAUUAUCCGCCAUCUUAGCCUAACCAACAAGAGGGACAAAAACUCAGAGAGAGAAGUGACCCAAAUCCAGUUUACCAGCUGGCCAGACCACGGUGUCCCAGGAGAGCCCCACCUCCUCCUGAAGCUGAGGCGGCGCGUCAACGCCUUCAAGAACUUCUUCAGUGGCCCCAUCGUCGUCCACUGCAGUGCAGGAGUUGGCAGGACAGGCACCUACAUUGGCAUUGAUGCCAUGAUGGAGGGUCUGGAGGCAGAGGGGAGAGUGGACAUCUAUGGUUAUGUAGUCAGACUCCGCAGACAGAGGUGCCUCAUGGUUCAAGUGGAGGCCCAGUACAUCCUGAUUCACCAGGCACUGAUAGAGUACAACCAGUUUGGGGAGACGGAGAUUGCCCUGUCUGAGCUCCACAGCACACUGGGCACGCUCAAAGAGAAAAACUCCAGCACCGAGCCCACCCUGCUGGAGGAAGAGUUCGAGAGAGUCCCCAAGUAUAAAAACUGGAGGACAUUCAACACAGGGAUCGCUGAGGAGAACAAGAAGAAGAAUCGCGACUCGUCUGUCAUCCCAUAUGACUACAACCGAGUGUUGCUGAAGAUAGAUGAAGGUAGCAGUCAUGACAGUGACCAGGAUGACGAUGAGGAGGAGUCAUCUGAUGAAGAGGAUGAGGAGUCCACUAAAUACAUCAACGCCUCCCAUAUUGACGGUUACUGGGGCCCACGCAGCCUGAUCGCCGCCCAGGGACCGCUGCCAGACACCACAGCUGACUUCUGGCUGAUGGUCUACCAGAAGAAAGCAUCCACUAUUGUCAUGCUGUCUGAGUGCAAAGAGAGUGAUAAGGAGGUUUGCUCUGCCUACUGGGACAAUGAGAAGAAAACAUUUGGGGACAUUGAAGUGGAGCUGACAGCUACAGACACCUCCCCGACGUUCAUCACCCGCACAAUGCAGAUCCGUCACACCAAGAGGAAAGACAGUCGGCAAGUGAAACAGUUCCACUUCCUGAAGUGGGUGAACAGAGAGCUGCCAGAGAAAACACAGGAUUUGACAGACAUGAUCAAGAGCAUCAAGCAGACCCGUCACUAUGGCAACAGCAAGUCAGAAAAGAGCACACCCGUGGUGGUCCACUGCAGUGAUGGCUCCUCUCGUUCCGGUAUUUUCUGCGCCCUGUGGAACCUGCUGGACAGCGCUGCGACUGAGAAACUGGUGGAUGUUUUCCAGGUGUCCAAAAGUCUACGCAAAGAGAGACAGGGCAUGAUCACCAGCCUGGAGCAGUACCAGUUCUUGUAUGAUGCACUGGAGGGGGCCUUCCCUGUUCAGAAUGGGGAAGCGAAUGCAGUGCCUGCCGCCACCGCCGCCCCAGCAGUUGACUCUGUCAAGAUUGAAAAUGAAACCAAGGCAGCAGAGAAGGCAGAUGAGAAACAGGAAGAGCAACCAGCCAGCAGUAGCACCCAGGAGCAGCAGGGGGCAGCAGAGAGCACUCCACUGGUGGCUAAGGAUGAGAAUGAAGCCAAACAAGACGGGCCAGAUAAUGUGUCCAGUAGCCCCACGGAGAGUACACCUCUGGAGGGAGCCAGCAACGGCCCCACUGUCACUCUGGAGGUCUGAGAGCAGCAGACAGAGACACUCGUACAGCAAAGAUGAAGAUGCACUUCAGUUCUACCAAAGGCUGCCAAAAAAAGUUACACAUGCUUUAUAAUAUUUGAAUGCUUCAUUGAAUUUCUUUAUGAAUGUAUAAAAUGUAAAGCUUUGAUGCCAUGAUUUUAGUCAAGAUAUUUUGCAGGAUUUGACUAUAUGUUUUUAAUAUCAAUCUCCAAAAAUCGGAUUUAAAUAUUAAGCUAAGUUAUAAAAAGGUUCUUCUUGUGAGCAAAGUUUACUUUUUACUAGAAUGCUGUUGUCAAACUAUAAUCUUGGAUUUAUGGUAGAGACGAAGUUAAUGUAAUGAUGAAGUAUAAAUGAAAUAUUUUAUGUGAUAUCCUUCUUGCUAAAUAAAUGAGUGCUGUAAUCUGA